AUGUUACAAAUAUUACUGAUCUUGAUAAUUUUUACUCCAGUUGUCGAUGCUGAGUAAGUUGGCUUUUAUUUUCGUUUUCUUGGCCUCUUUGCUCGGCGGUUUGUAUUGGUUUGUGAUAUUUGUUUUCAGAAAUGUUUACUGCACAUAUUACCGAAACACCAACGAGAUUACUUGUGGGUAAGCAGAUUGCUGACAUGUUUAAUGAGCAUUACAGCUUCUGACAGUAAUUUAAAUAAAUUUCAACAAAAGCUGUUUCUGUUUAGUACUGUAACCUGUGAGACUCAUAUUCCUCCGAAUUCUGAAGUUGCAACCGAGCAAGAAAAAGACAAUGAUAUUUUGGACAGAAAGUUGCCGAAAGGAUGGUAUCGUAUUGGAAACUUACAGAUCAGACAUGACACUAGCUGGUUUAAUCUUUAUCGCCGAAGAGCCACUGGAAGUGGCUACUGGGAUUUCUAUACGAAUAUUCCGGAGAGAAGCUGCGUUGGGUAAGCUUUUUAGUGAAUUACUAUUCGCAAAAAUGUUUCAAAUUUUGCACCUACUUCAGAGUGCAGAGGAAAAGAAACCCUAAACCGUUAAUUUUCGAUAAUUAAAAGCAAUUCUUGACCAACGAUAAUUUUAACAUCUGCUUUUGCAGUGGUUUUGGUCUGCAUGCAGGUGAGAACAUAACUGGUUCGAUAACAGUCAAGGACAAGCGUUGUUUUGACCGACUGGUGGAUCAGAUUGAACGCAAGACAACUUCCGAAAAGUUUGAUGUUCUUCAAUGCCGGAAAUGCAUCUUCAAUAGUUGUUGGCUUGGAAUGAGAACCCUUCCAAAUCAACGGACUUACCUGACUAAUUUGAGAUCUUUGUAA